AUGAGGGCGCUGCAUUUAUUGAAGAGUGGCUGCAGCCCUGCGGUUCAGAUUAAAAUCCGAGAAUUGUAUAGACGUCGAUAUCCUCGGACUCUUGAAGGACUUUCUGAUUUAUCCACAAUCAAAUCAUCGGUUUUUAAUUUGGAUGGUAGCUCAUCACCUGUAGAACCUGACUUGGCUGUGGCUGGAAUCCACUCAUUGCCUUCCACUUCAGUUACACCUCACUCACCGUCCUCUCCUGUUGGUUCUGUGCUGCUUCAAGAUACUAAGCCCACAUUUGAGAUGCAGCAACCAUCUCCUCCGAUUCCUCCUGUCCAUCCUGAUGUGCAGUUAAAAAACCUGCCCUUUUAUGAUGUCCUUGAUGUUCUCAUCAAGCCCACAAGUUUAGUUCAAAGCAGUAUUCAGCGAUUUCAAGAGAAGUUUUUUAUUUUUGCUCUGACACCUCAACAAGUUAGAGAGAUAUGCAUAUCAAGGGAUUUUUUGCCAGGUGGUAGGAGAGAUUAUACAGUCCAAGUUCAGCUGAGACUUUGCCUGGCAGAGACAAGUUGUCCUCAAGAAGACAACUAUCCCAAUAGUCUAUGUAUAAAAGUAAAUGGGAAGCUGUUUCCUUUGCCUGGGUAUGCACCACCACCGAAAAAUGGGAUUGAGCAGAAGCGCCCUGGGCGCCCCUUGAAUAUUACAUCUUUAGUUAGGUUGUCUUCAGCUGUGCCAAACCAGAUUUCUAUUUCUUGGGCAUCUGAAAUUGGAAAGAAUUACUCCAUGUCUGUGUAUCUUGUACGACAGCUUACAUCAGCCAUGUUACUACAGAGAUUAAAAAUGAAAGGUAUUAGAAACCCUGAUCAUUCCAGAGCACUAAUUAAAGAAAAACUUACUGCAGAUCCAGAUAGUGAAAUUGCUACAACUAGUCUUCGGGUAUCCUUAAUGUGCCCUUUAGGAAAAAUGAGGCUGACAAUCCCAUGCCGUGCAGUGUCUUGUACACAUCUACAGUGCUUUGAUGCUGCCCUUUAUCUACAAAUGAAUGAGAAGAAGCCCACCUGGAUUUGUCCUGUGUGUGACAAAAAAGCUGCCUAUGAAAGUCUAAUACUAGAUGGGCUUUUUAUGGAAAUUCUCAAUGACUGUUCUGAUGUGGAUGAAAUAAAAUUCCAAGAAGAUGGUUCUUGGUGUCCAAUGAGACCGAAGAAAGAAGCUAUGAAAGUUUCCAGCCAGCCAUGUACAAAAAUAGAAACUUCAAGUGUACUCAGUAAGCCUUGUUCAGUGACUGUAGCCAGUGAGGCAAGCAAGAAGAAAGUGGAUGUUAUUGACCUAACAAUAGAAAGCUCUUCUGAUGAAGAUGAAGAACCUCCUGCCAAAAGGAAAAGCAUCUUUAUGUCAGAAACACAAAGCAGCCCAACCAAAGGGGUUCUCAUGUAUCAGCCAUCUUCUGUAAGGGUGCCCAGUGUGACUUCGGUUGAUCCUGCUGCUAUUCCGCCUUCAUUAACAGACUACUCAGUACCAUUCCACCACACGCCAAUAUCAAGCAUGUCAUCAGACUUGCCAGGAAUACAAAGAAGAAAUGAUAUUAAUAAUGAACUGCAGCUUGGAACAUCUUCUGAUACUGUGCAACAGUGAAUACAAAAUUAAACAUAAUUUGUAUUUAUGGAAUGGAAAACAGCUUGAUUAUUACAAGAAAAAAAUAAUGACUGCCUUAUUAUUGCUAGUGCCAUAUUGUCAGGUGCGAAUGGUGCUCAACAGUUGUAUCAUUAAAAUUUGAAAGUGCUAAACCUUUACAUUUUUAAUCUUGUAGCAAUCAUGUUUUGUGAAAGUUUAUGGCGCAAGUUAAGGAAAAGUGUGUUGUCAUCAAUGAGGGAAAAAAACUAAUGAGUCAGUUUCACUUAGUGAAGCAUUUAAAGUUCAAAAAUGAGAAUUUUAUCGGUGUUAAUAAAGCAGAAACAUUUAGAAUGUACCAUCAGAAUUUUUCAUAAUACUUUUUAGUUAAAAUAAUAGAUCAUUUUCAACCAUGAAAUACUUACAAGGGCAAAAAAUAUCAGUAUUAUAUGUUACAAUUGACAUGAUAAAAUAAGGAAUAACAUUUUGCUAAACUUAUAGAACAAGGUAGUAAAAUUUUCAUCACUUGAUAAAACUAUUAGUUCAUGAGUUUUAAUCUACUUAAAAUGUAAAAAUACAAGACUCUUGGUAUGUGGUGGAUUGAACCCAGGGCCUUGUGCAUGCUAGGCGUGUGCUAAGUGCUCUACCUCAGACCUACAUUCCCCAGUCUUUUUUCUUUUGGGAGAUUAUGUCAUUGUGUUGCCCAAGCUGCCCUCGAACUUGGGAGCUUUCUGCCUCAACCUCCUAAGUUGCUGGGAUUACAGGUGUGUGCAGCUAUACCUGGAAAAAAAUGCAAGAUUUUGAUGGAUGUUUAGCUUCUUAUUAGAAGGAGUAACAUAAAACAUCACAUUUCACUGUUAAGUGCUUAAGACAGAGUUUCAUUAAGAAAUAUUUACUUUAAAACCCUAUUGGAUUUUGUAUUAACAGCACCUAUGUAAUGCUUAGAAGACAAUCUAGGGUUUCAACACAAUUUUUUUUUAAAGUCUAGAUAUUUUAAUAUGGCAUUGUAUAAGUCACCAUAUUUCAGUUAUCUUUGGAUGGAGUAUCAAAAGAUACAGAUUAAGUAAAUCUUUUUAACUCUUUUCUAAUUGACUUGAUAUUUAUUGGCACACAAAAAAUCCCCGAAGAGACAAGCUGGAUAUUGAAAUAAUGAAAAUAGGUAGAAUCUUUGGAUCUCAGUGGGCAUCCUUUAGUGGCAAUAGAGCUGCAGAAGCAGAAUAUUAUAUCAAGCCUGUGAAUUUAUGUAAGUUGAAAUUAUGAAAUGGAAGAAGUUGAACAUUUAGAAAAUGAACAUUUCUGAGUGAUUUGGUUUCAGUACACAGUAUUCCAUCAGAGAUGUCAAUACUUUCUUUAGCUUUAUUUUUAAAAAAGUUAAAAUGGAUUGAGUAAUAAACAUUAAGUGAUAGAACAUGUAAACUAUUAAAACGUAGAAACUGUUAAAAAAUUAGGAAAAUGUUAUACCAUUUGAAGCAAAACAAAAAAUUAAUAAAAUGAGGCCAAUUAUAUUCCAAUAAACUUUUUGUGACAGCAAUAGAAAUUUUUCUAUAUAAAGCUCUGAGAAGGUAUGUAACUUUAGGCUAAAUCUGAAUUACUGUUCAGAAGCAGGAUUUACUGAACAAUAUCAUUAAUGUGAAGAGAAACUCUCUGCUUAGAAAUAUGUCAUUUACUGAUUUCAGUUUAAUGGAGGAAGUCAUUGGAAAGAUUCAUUGUAAUUUCCUUUGUCCAUCAUAGUCUCAAACUGCUGUAUUAUAUAGCUGGUAACCAGUGUAUGAAAUGAAAAACUAUAGCAACAUUUUAAAAAUGCUUUAGGAAUUGUUUCAUUUUAGAUAACUGGUGCUAUAGUUUAUAUCACUUGAUAUGCUUACAACAGAUUUUGAGAUUAUAAGGGAGUAAAUACACUUUAAAAUUUUUGAGUCAAAAUUAUUCAUAGGGGAUAUUAAAAAUUUUAAAAACAA